AUGUCGACCGCACAGCAGUCGUACAGAUGUAACUCGUUUUACUCGUCGACAGUCACAAUUGAGGCAGCCCGAGGCGCAGGUGGUGAGCACCUGUCAAUUGACCGCAACAGCGGGGCUAUCAAGGUCAUAAACUCGACUAAUACAGCAGCAGCGUUUGCCGCCGCGCCGCAGAUGACUAUGAGCGCGCAUGGCAUAAUGGGAAUAAUCAACCUGCUCAGAGGGCCGUAUUUGGUGCUGAUUACUGGGCGCGAGGUGGUAGGGACGAUUGGGCCGUCGCCGGUGUACAAGGUCACGGAGACCAGGGUUGUUAAAGUCGCCGCCGACAGCCGCGUUGUGUCUGGGAUGGACGCCUUUGACGAGGCGACAUAUCUGCGCCUCGUGCACAAAGCGCUGUCGGUCAAGUCGUUUUAUUUCUCGUAUGACAUGGAUCUGACAAGCUCGUUGGAGCGCCAGCAGCAGAAGAUGCAAAACACCCCCGCGUCUAUGCUAAGCGCGUCGCUUUACAAGAACGCCAACGACGAGUUUUUCUACAAUAAGUUUCUUUCGGAGCCGCUCAUCGAUGCGGUGGCCAACAGCUCGAAUGCCGGCGUUUUUGUUCUGCCCGUCAUCAACGGCUUCUUCGAGUGCCAGAAGGUUGUCAUCCGGGGCACAUCCUUCAAUUACGUUCUGGUUACUCGUCGCGGGUACAAGCGCCAGGGUACACGCUACUUCUCGCGCGGCGCCGACGAGGACGGCAACGUGUCCAACUAUGCCGAGACCGAGCAGAUUGUGGACUUUGCUGCACCCAGCUCUAGCAGCACAGACCGCGAGCUCGAGGGCCUCCAAAUGGCGUAUGUCCAGGUGCGCGGCUCCAUCCCGAUUGUGUGGGCCCAGAUCAUCAACAUGAACUACGUCCCCACGCUCAAGAUUGACAUUGAUGCCAGCCGAGAGCGCUUUGCUAAGCAUAUGACCAAGAUGAUUGACAUGUACAGCGAGGUUGUGGCUGUCAACCUAGUGAACAGGGUCAAGUACGAGAAGCCGAUGGGUGACGGGUUUGCCAAGCUCUCCCAGGGGUUCAAUAACCCCUGCUACCACUACACGCACUUUGACUUUCACAAGGAGUGCAGCAAGAUGCGCUGGGACCGCCUGAGCAUUCUCAUGGAUGAGCUGGCCGAGUACAACGCCCGCUUUGGAUACUUUAAAAUCAAGCGCGACCCGAAGGACCGCGCCCACGGCGGCGAGCCCCUGCACCUCCAGGUCGGUGUCAUCCGCACUAACUGCAUGGACUGUCUGGACCGGACUAACGUUGUCCAGUCUGAGCUUGCUCGCAUGCUUCUGACCCAGCAGCUUCGCGACGUCGGCGUGUUUUCAAGCACCGACGUCAUUGGCAACUUCCCCGCGAUGCAGUCGAUGCUCAACAACCUUUGGGCUGACAAUGCCGACGCAGUCAGCUGCGCGUACUCGGGCACGGGCGCUCUCAAGACCGACUUUACGCGCACAGGCAAGCGGACCAAGGCAGGCGCUCUGCAGGACGGCCGCAACUCGGUCGAGCGGUACAUCCGUGGAAACUUCUUUGACGGCGACCGCCAGGACGCAACAGACCUGCUGCUUGGAAAGUACAGGCCUAAGCUCGGUGCGUAUCCCUUCAAGGACGACCUGCCCCUUGAGAGCAAGGCGCUGGUGGGCACCGCGUACGUGUGCCUGUUCAUGCUGAUUUACGCGUUCUUCUUCCCGCGCGGCGGCCACUGGUUCGGCGCAAGCAACGUCCUGUUCAUCACCAGCUGGGUCCUGGUUCUGGGCCUGGUGUUCUGGACAAUCAGAGACAAGCACACUGCCGAGCUGCUAAACUGGCCCAAGCUCAGCGCCUACGCAUACCGGCCGGCAGUCAUGCGCGCCAACUCUGCCAUUUCUCUGCCGUUGCUGGACCGCCUGUUUUCAAACUCCGCCACCAAGGAGUCGCUGCGAAACGACGAGAUCAAGAAGAUCUGGCCGACGGAAAAGAAGCUGGCAUGAGUGUUGAGUUGUGUGGACCAUUCUUUUUCAAUUUUCCAUUUUUGGUUGUUUUUUGUUUUCUCCAUUUUUCCACAUAAUACACACACGUUGGUCCCUAUUUUGCCAA